CCCAAGGUCCUUCCCCCUCUCCUGCCCAAGGUCCUGCCCCCUCUCCUGCCCAAGGUCCUGCCCCCUCUCCUGCCCAAGGUCCUACCCCCUCUUCUGCUCCAGGACUUGCUCACAGUACUGCUUCGGACCCCACUCUGGCAUCUAGCUUUACUCUGCCAGGAUCCAUGCAGCCUGCAGCCUUAGGACCCACAGACUCCCCUGCACAAGGUACUACUCUGACUUCAUGCCCUGUACCCUGCUCACAGCCUCCAGCCUCCGGACCAUCACAGAUGCCUGUGGCUGCCUCUCUGCAGGUUUUUAGACAGGCUGGAACCUCCAGGCCUAGUAACAUUACAGGUACCAGCAAAACACCUGUGGGAAUAAGCCAGACACCUGCAUUCAGAUCCAGUCAGCCUGUGACCUCAGGGGCAGGUCAGCCUCCGCACUUAUCAACAGGAUCCAACCAGCCUCUUACCACAGGUACAUGUCAGCCUCCUAUUCCUGAGCCCCACCAGUCUCCAAUACUAUAUUUCAGCCAACCACAAGUCCCUGCUUCCACUCAGCAUCCUGUUUCUGGUCCCACUCAGCCUCCUGUUUCUGGUCCCACUCAGCCUCCUGGUUCUGGUCCCACUCAGCCUCCUGUUUCUGGUCCCACUCAGCCUCCUGUUUCUGGUCCCACUCAGCCUCCUGGUUCUGGUCCCACUCAGCCUCCUGGUUCUGGUCCCACUCAGCCUCCUGGUUCUGGUCCCACUCAGCUUCCUGUUUCUGGUCCCACUCAGCUUCCUGUUUCUGGUCCCACUCAGCCUCCUGGUUCUGGUCCCACUCAGCCUCCUGGUUCUGGUCCCACUCAGCCUCCUGGUUCUGGUCCCACUCAGCCUCCUGGUUCUGGUCCCACUCAGCCUCCUGUUUCUGGUCCCACUCAGCUUCCUGUUUCUGGUCCCACUCAGCCUCCUGGUUCUGGUCCCACUCAGCCUCCUGGUUCUGGUCCCACUCAGCCUCCUGGUUCUGGUCCCACUCAGCCUCCUGGUUCUGGUCCCACUCAGCCUCCUGGUUCUGGUCCCACUCAGCCUUCGGCCUCUACUUUCAUCCAGUCUCCAAAGCUCACAUAUCAGCAACCCUCUUUGACUCUACAGAACCAAACUUCUCCAAUUGAACCCAAUCAAAUAUGUGUCCUUACCCAAAGCCACCCUCCUGUGUCAGGGCCCAUCCAAACCCCUCCCCCUACCCAAAGCAAGGCUCCUGCCGCAGGGUCCAGCCAGUCUCCCAGCCCAGUAGCUGUUCAGGCCCCCGUGUCCGGUCAACCUUCUGUUUCCAGCCAGGUUUCCGUUUCUGGUCCAAACCGACCUUUUGUCACUGGACUGAGCCGGACAUCUUCUGGACUAAAUCAGACUCCACCACAUGGUCCGAGCCAAUCUCCAGGCUUCGGCCUAAGUCCGUUCUCAUCACCUGGAGUGAGUUCGAUGCUCCCCAAGUCAGAAGCUCAAGAGCAGAUUGAAGCGGAGGACCCGAGCACCUUCAUGCAGCGUCAGUUUGGGGCCCUACUACAGCCGGCCGUCAAUAAGUUCUCUCUGCGCAUGUUUGGCAGUCACAAGGCGGUGGAGAUUGAGCAGCAGCGGGUUAAAUCUGCCGGGUUCUGGAUCAUCCACCCGUACAGUGAUUUCAGGUUUUACUGGGAUCUUAUCAUGCUCCUCCUAAUGGUGGCCAACUUGAUCAUUCUCCCUGUGGGAAUCACAUUUUUCAAAGAUCAGAACACCCCUCCCUGGAUCGUAUUCAAUGUCCUCUCCGACACUUUAUUCUUGGCCGACUUGAUCCUAAAUUUCCGCACAGGGAUUGUGGUUGAGGACAACACGGAGAUUAUUCUGGAUCCGCACACUAUUAAGAUGAAGUAUUUGAAGAGCUGGUUCCUGGUGGACUUUGUUUCCUCCAUCCCGGUGGACUAUAUCUUUCUCAUUGUGGACCUAGAGACAAACGUAGACACAGAAGUGUACAAGACGGCCCGGGCUCUCCGAAUUGUCCGAUUUACCAAAAUUCUCAGCCUACUGCGACUUCUCCGGCUUUCCCGGCUCAUUCGUUAUAUCCAUCAAUGGGAGGAGAUUUUCCACAUGACCUAUGACCUGGCCAGUGCAGUGGUCCGUAUCUUCAAUCUCAUUGGGAUGAUGUUGCUGCUGUGUCACUGGGACGGUUGUCUGCAGUUCCUGGUCCCGAUGCUGCAGGAAUUCCCUGAAGAUUGUUGGGUCAGCAUCAACAAGAUGGUGAAUGAGUCUUGGGGGAAGCAGUACUCCCACGCCAUCUUCAAGGCCAUGAGUCACAUGCUCUGCAUCGGGUACGGUCAGCAGGCACCUGAGGGGAUGACCGACGUGUGGCUCACAAUGCUCAGUAUGAUCGUGGGGGCCACGUGUUAUGCCAUGUUUAUUGGCCACGCCACGGCCCUCAUCCAGUCUCUGGACUCUUCUCGCCGUCAGUACCAGGAGAAGUAUAAGCAGGUGGAGCAGUACAUGUCCUUCCACAAGCUGCCCCCCGACACGCGGCAGAGGAUCCACGAGUAUUACGAGCAUCGGUACCAGGGGAAAAUGUUUGAUGAGGAGAACAUUCUGGGAGAGCUGAGUGAACCCCUUAAAGAAGAGAUUGUGAACUUUAAUUGCCGGAACCUCGUGGCCAAUAUGCCUCUCUUCGCCAAUGCCGACCCCAACUUUGUGACGGCCAUGCUGACCAAGCUCCGCUUCGAGGUCUUCCAGCCCGCCGACUACAUCAUCCGAGAGGGCACGGUCGGGAAGAAGAUGUAUUUCAUCCAGCACGGGGUGGUCAGCAUACUGACCCGCGGCAGCAAGGAGACCAAGCUCUCCGAUGGGUCUUACUUUGGGGAGAUCUGUCUCCUGACACGUGGACGCCGGACGGCGAGCGUACGAGCCGACACUUACUGCCGCCUCUACUCACUAUCCGUGGACAACUUCAAUGAAGUCCUGGAGGAAUAUCCAAUGAUGCGCCGAGCGUUUGAGACAGUGGCUAUGGACCGGCUGGACAGGAUCGGUAAGAAAAACUCCAUCUUACUACGGAAGCGAGCAGAGAACAGCACCGGCUCGGUAAAUAAUGAGAUGAUUCAGCAGAUUGUGAAACAUGACCAGGACACGGCACACAACAUCCAGGAUCUGCAGUCUGUGGGGGCUAUGAGAGACUCCGCCCACAAUAGGACCCUCAUCUGGGAACCCUUGGUUCAUGCCCCUCUUCAAACUGCAGCAGCCACCACCAACGUGGCCAUUGCCAUGACACAUCAGCAGAACUUUCCGGCUCACGUCUUCCUUCCACCGUCUUCUUUACCAGAGACAGCAUUUGCCAGCCGCCAGGCUAGAAGAUCCCAGCCCAAUAUUGGGGUCCCUCGGCCCUCCGCUGGAAGUUCUCCUUCCGGGGCCCAGUCUCACCUGCAGGCAGCAGUUGGCGUUUCCCCGUCUUCUCUGUGUGGUGCCCUAAAGCAUGGUGUCGCAGUGCCUCCUGCCCGGUUGUGCCAAAUUCAGAGAGCGGACCCUCCUGUCCUUGCAAAACCACUAAUGGCCUCACAGGUGCAGCUGUCCCGUUCUCGUGGGACUUCUGCCUCUACUUCUGUUUUGCAGCAGUCGGCAGGACCCUCGAGCUCCCAUGCUGCUGCAGCGCCUCUUUCUGGCAGGACUCUGCACUAUAGUCUGUCCAGAGCGUCAGGUUCUCAUCUCUCUCUGCUCAUGCAGCCUGCAGCCAGAUACAGGAGCAUCCAAGGACUUCCUAUUGAGAGACUAUCACAUGACCUCCGCCUUCUGUCCGCCUCUCAGCCCUCGCUGCCCGAUAAGGCGCACCAACCCCAGGACAGUGUGUCAGACUCGUCCGGAGCCCUGAGCAAUAAAUCCUCCCCAUGUGUAUACGUGCUGCUCCCCAAACCAUCUCCGCCAUCUUGUCAUGCCGUGCCUUCAGGGUCUCUCUCUGGAUCUUCAGUGUCACCCACCACAUCUCAACAGACAUCACGAAAGGGAUCGGCAGCCUUCAGCCCUGAUGUGGACGCUGGGAAACCCAAACUCCCAUCCAACAUGUGACGGCCACAAACCCAACC